CAGGCUCAAGAUAAAAAGGGAAAGUUUGUUUUCAGAACUGUAUAAGUGCAACACACUGCCACGUUAAGUGAUGUUUUUAAGACCUGCUCCAGAUAUUUAGUGAACUCAAAGGAAUUCUUCCAAAUAUUAUGUCUGCAUUCCUUUCUGAUGGACAAACUGGACCUCCCUUCAGCCUUAAUUCCUUAUACAAUCCUGGAUGGUCCCAGCACUGCUCUUACAAACAGCAUCUACUCUGCAGUUAUAAAGAUAUUUCAGGGAGAGGAACUACAGUCAAAUGAGCUCUACAUGUUGAAUGAAAAUACCAGAUGUCUCUUAAGGACAGAUAUGGGUUCCUUAAUCAAAGAAUAUUUCCAGAAUCAGAUUUUGACUGAAGGUCUAUCAGUCAUUUUGGAUGAGAUUCAGGAGCAUGAAGGGGAAAGACAGCUUCUUGUUUUGGCCGAGGUGUGGGACAGAUUUUUCUCUGAAAUUCUGCCUACCAUACAGGCAAUUCUUUAUCCUCUACAGGGUCAAGAGUUGACAGUCAGACAGAUGGCUCUUCUCAGCUUUCGGGAUCAGGUCCUGAUAAAGCUCUCUGUGGGUGACCUGCUGCACAAAAACAUGUCCCUCAUUCCUGCAUCCAUCAAACAGAUGCUUCUUGUGCUACAGGGAAUCCAGGACCCUAGAGGACCCUCAAGAAAUGAUUGUCAACUUGAGAAUAUGGUGGCGUUGGUGGUCAAACCUUAUUUAUGGAACUGCAGGUAUACAAGCUGCGAUGAACGAAUCAACACACCAGCAAAGCUCAGCCGCUCUGAGAGAAGGAUUACUCAUUACACCUCUGAGAGCUCUUUGCUGUCCCCUGUAGUGGAACAGGAAGGGGACGUGUUCCAAGAGCAAGUGGGAAAGCUACGACGCCACAGUGUGACAAAUGCCCAUUCUGACAUCCAGCUGUUUUCUGUUACAAGCAGGAUGUAUUCUGGGAUGGGUGACAGCUGCGAGACCGUCGAUGUUACAAGGGCACAUCUCUGACACCUUCGUAUUUAAU